AUGAUGAAAUUCAACUGCUGCUCUGUUCUGAUUGGGAGGAAGAAGCAAGAGAAGGUUGACAAGCAAUCAUCAAGAACUGCCGACUUCAACACUGCGCUUAAAACCAUGAAAAUCAGGCUUGAACACCCAGUAGAACCUUUUGAAAGCGAUGAGUUGAAAACCACAUCUUUUAGUGUGUCAUUACCUUUCGAUGUUGAGAAGGAUUCAAUCAAUGUCCAGUUAAUGAGCCAUGAGAGUCAUGUUGUGGAUGAAGCAGCAGAAGUAGCAUACGAAGGCGAAGAUGAGCAUGAAGAGAAUGUUUCAAUGAAGAGGGAUUUAUCUGACUUUGAUCUCCAAUCCCAUGUGGCCAGUGGUGGUGAAGAAAUGUCUUUUCCUAGAAAUGCAAAGCUGGAUUCCGCUGAUUCACUUGAUAGCAUGAGCAAUGAACUAUAUGAAAAGAAAGCUGAGAAAAAAGUUGAUGAAAAAGGUAUUCAUGUGAUUCACAGUGGACAUGUUAGUGAUCCUGGUAUUGGGAAGGCCAAGUUAUGGGGUUUGCCUAAGCUUAAACGGUCCUGUUCUAAUCUGGAAACAAGCAAAUUGCUAAGAAAAAUUGCCAAUCAGUUGCCUCUAACAUCUCAAUAUUCUGAAGAAUUGCAGGGGCUGGCUGAGAAAUUGAGAGAUCCCGGCAGCCCCACAUCUGUAAUUAGCCAUUGCAGUGCUGACAGAGUGAUGUUAAAGAAGCAUUCAUCUAGCCAAGUUCUACCCUCUAGGAGUAGAAGACUGUGGUGGAAAUUGUUCCUCUGGAGCCACAGAAACCUUCACCAACCCUGGUCUGUAAAACCACAGCCUCAGGCUGUAAGUAAGAUUUUGAAUCAGCAAGGCGGUUACUCUUCAGAUACACUUGAACCGAACACAGCCCUGAGCAAAAUGCAAUCACCUGGGUCAUUCACCGGAGAGUCAGUGAACAAGGGCCAUAGCAACAAUGAAGAGGGCAAUCAGAGCUGGAAUGGUUUUCAUGCUGGGAUUUCUGGUCUGUGGCCCCAGAACCAGUGGGUUGCUUUCUCAAUAGAAUCAUCCCCAUUUUCAAGAGUGGAUGAAUGGGUGAAAGAUCUUGAGACCCAACCGCCUCCUCCAGAUGCCUAUGAUGAUAAUGAUGAUGUUGAGAGUGACGGCAGCAUUGUCUUCCCACCCUCUCCUGAUACUGGUAGAUCACCAGGAAGAACCACAGCUCGCCCAGAUUUUAAUCUUUCAGAGGAGAUUUUGCAUGCCAAUAGUGCGAUCCAGUCACUUAAUUCUUCCUCAACCGUAGCCCACAUCACAGGCAUUGGCUUAAAAGCUAUUCCCGCAAUAUCACGUUUCUCCAGUCUUCGAUCUGUUAACUUAUCAAACAACUUCAUAGUCCACAUUACCCCGGGAUUGCUGCCAAAGGGCCUGCACACACUCAACCUAUCGAGAAACAAGAUCAGCACAAUUGAAGGACUUAGAGAACUCACCCGACUGCGGGUACUCGAUCUCAGUUACAAUCGCAUUUCUCGAAUUGGACAAGGGUUGUCGAACUGUACAAUAAUCAAGGAACUCUAUCUUGCUGGGAACAAGAUUAGUGACGUUGAGGGGCUGCACAGGCUCCUGAAGCUUACAGUCUUAGACCUGAGCUUUAACAAGAUAACAACAACAAAAGCUCUGGGCCAGCUUGUUGCGAACUACCAAUCACUGCAAGCUCUGAAUCUCCUGGGCAAUCCGAUUCAGAGCAACAUUGGUGAUGACCAGCUUCGCAAAGCAAUUUGUGGUCUCCUCUCUAAGCUAGUGUACCUGAACAAGCAACCCAUCAAACCUCAGAGAGCACGAGAACUUCUGACAGAUAGUGUUGCCAGAGCCGCCCUUGGAAUCAGCAGCAGCAGGAGCUCUCGGAGAAAAGCAGUGAAGAGAGCGACCUCCGGCGGUUCAAUCUCCAGCAUGCACAGGGGCAGUGUUGGGGGUGGGCAGAAAAGCAAGAACAGGUCGAAGAGCCGAACUCAUAACCUAAAGACAAUGUCCUCUGCACAUGCCUCUUCAUCCCGUUAA